ACCGCCCAUUCAGCUCGCAAAUCUUUCCCCCCCAAGCUCAUUUAUUCCCCCCUUCCUCUCCUUCACAUCCGCACCACACUCGCUCCGACACAGACACACACAACAGACGGACACAACCUCGGGUGGGAAAACGUCAACAUGAAGAUCGCCAUUUCCUUCGCCAUCCUGGCGGCCGCCACGGUGCACGGCGCCGUCCACAAUUCGACCGUGUCCGCCACCUCCGCCGCCGACAAGUUCCCCGUCAUCGGGCAGAUGGGAUCCAGCAUUGAGGGCGCUUCCGUCAACCACAAGGGAGAGCUCUUCGCCGUGAACAAGACGCACUUCCUCUCCCUCAAGACCGGAACCAGCGACCCCAGGAAUCCCAGGCUCGUCGGUCCCGGCGACAAGACGAGCUACUUUGCCAGUUCACGCUUCACCCGCUCGCACCACGUCCUCAUCGGCGAUGCCCUCGGCCACUCCAUCUGGCAGCAGGACUACAACGGGACGGUGAAGCGACGAUGGCACGGGAGGUUCGCCAAGCGGGCCUACACCCCGUUCCUCAUCAACGACAAGCUCCUCCAGCCCAACGACUUCACCAUCAACCAAGCCGAGACGUACCUCUACAUGUCCGGAAUGAACUACACCGCCACCACGCAGGCGGGCGAGCACGGCGACGUCUGGUUCUACAACAUCAAGACCGGCACCCACAAGCAGGUGGCGAAGGAUGUCAUGAGGAACGCGGGCAUCCACCGUUGCAAUGGUAUCGACCUCUCCCCCGACGACAAGUACCUCUACGUCACCUCGGGCCAGAACUACAACGACACGGUCAUCAGCACCAAGAUCUACAGGUUCGAGAUCGACCCCGCCACCGGCGAACCCAGAAACCCCACCACCGUGGUGGACCUCUACCAGGUCCUCGCCAAUGCCGGUGUCAAGGCCAGGGAGAGGGGCAUGGACCCCGAUGGAAUGCGCAUGGACAUCGCGGGAAACCUCUUCAUCACCCUGAACGCCAUCCCCGGCGUCCUCCGGUGGAGCACCACGAUCCCCGGCAAUGCCACCUACAUCCCCCUCGAGACCGUGGACGCCCCGAGCAACCUGGAAUUCGGGGGUGAGGAUGGAAAGACUCUCUACAUCGUUGGGCGCUGCCAGGACCGCGAGAAGGCCUGCGUCGACGCCUACAAACACAACAUACCCGGCCGCGCCAUCACCAAUCUCCGAUUGUCCGGCCCUCCAGGAACCGGAAACAGCACUAGUAAGUCCCCUGCUUCUCAGACAAAAGCAAAUACUAAUCUACAGUCACUCCAGAUCCCGGAACCGAAUUCCCCACCAUGCCAAACCCACCCAACACCAACGGCAGCAGCAGUCCAUCCGACGCCGAUCAGGAAGAAAAGAGGAGGGAGCUUCUCGAGUGGAUCAAGGUUGUCGAAAAGUACAUUGCCAAGUGGCUCAAGGAUUACAACCCGUCCAAAAACUAGAUGAGACUAUCAUUUCACUGGCAUAAUUCCGCGUCCCUUCUAUUAUUUUUAUUUUUUUUAUCACUUGGGUGGAUUAUAUGAUUACCUGUAUUAGAAAAACGUCAUUAACGUACCUACUGAGCAUUGUUUUGUCUUUUGUCCCUUUUUUUUCCCUUUACAUACCUCUUCCUUUGUUUUUUUUUUUCUUCUUGUCCAUUUUGUUGGUCCCCUUUCUCCCUCCCCCUUCGCUUCCCAACACAGUAAUAUUACCGGGGGUGGGAACGAGCCAACCCCACCCCAGGUUAUUCAUGUCUACCCGCAUACAGUAUACAUCUCCAUCAGGAUGGAGCCACUGGAGGGGGGGGAAGAUUGGACCAAGACCUUUUUUUUCUUUUUUUCUUUUCUCUCGUCUCGUUUUUAUCCUAUACACUUGUAUUGUAGAAUUACGCAUCGGCAUGGCGUUCAUAAUAUUAUACAUUUCCCCUCUAACUUACAUUACCAUUCACCGUCCCUGCGGAAAAGUGGGCAGUGGAAUGUGUUCGGGGUCGGGUGGUUGAGGUGCGCUCAUUGGAUGUCGAGUUAGAUUGGCGUAUGUAGAUCCCCUACCCUUGUCGGUUUCGGAUGUCAACUCUGGCCCCACAGCUGUCGUUCCGCUUCCCUUGAGUGUGAAACGAAACGGGUCGAGACUUUCUUUCAACCUUUCAACCUUUCCGAUACGAUGUGUACCAACCAGCCAACCUCCCGGGAAAUAAUUAUGUUCAUGGGUGGAUGUAUAUGCGCGAGAGAAAGAAAAAAGCUUGUGAUAUCGGCCCUGUAACGGACUGCCAUACACACUUUUUACUUUACCUUGUUUUGUUUCUUUCUUCUACACCGCACGGUGACAACCUUGAGUUACUCGAAUCCCCCAAAUUACCCUACCGUU